GUCAACGUCACUCUGACCUCACAAACAUGGCGGCGGCCAUUAUCAGGUCCAGUAGGUUCGCUUCCGUUUCUAGAAAACUGGGAAGUUUUCUGUUUAAAUCAGCUUUUGUCGUUCAGGCGGCGACGUGCGGCAGCAAGAUGGACUCGGAGAGACCCACGAAGCUGGAGUUUGCAGUUCAGAUGACAUGUGAAAGCUGCGCGCAGAAAGUUAGAGCUGCUCUGGAAGGAAACCCAGGAGUGAAGUCGGUCAGCAUUGAUGUCAGUAAAGAGGCGGUGCUGGUGGAAUCUGCCCUGACCAGCGUAGAAGUGCAGGCUUUGAUAGAGAGCACUGGACGCAGGGCCGUGCUGAAGGGCAUCGGAGGAUCAGAGCAAGACUUCGGUGCAGCCGUGGCCAUGUUGGCGGGUGUGGGAUCGAUUCAGGGGGUGGUGCGCUUCCUGCAGCUGUCUGAAGAGCGUUGUCUGAUUGAUGGGACCAUUGACGGGUUGGAGCCCGGCCCCCACGGCCUCCAUGUCCACACCCUGGGGGAUCUCACACUGGAUUGCCUCAGCUGUGGAGAGCAUUAUAACCCCUUUGGGAGACAACACGGAGGUCCAGGGGACUCUGAAAGGCACACAGGUGAUCUGGGAAACAUAGUCGCCGGACCAGAUGGCAGAGCCUCAUUUAGGCUAGAGGACAGUCAGCUUAAGGUCUGGGAUGUGAUUGGUCGAUCACUGGUGGUGGAUGCAGGAGAGGACGAUCUUGGUCGAGGCGGUCACCCUCUCUCCAAACAGACCGGAAACUCUGGUGAAAGGUUGGCGUGUGGGAUCAUCGCCCGAUCAGCAGGCCUUUUCCAAAAUCCCAAACAGAUCUGUGCCUGCGACGGGGUCACGCUAUGGGAGGAGAGAGACCGGCCGAUAGCUGGGAAAGGUCGCAGCAAGGCCAACCCAGAGACACCGGCAGCACACCUCUGAACCUCGGACACAAACACCGGUGGCAGCUUGAGCGGCGAGAGCGCGUUGAAGAGAAACCAAGAGGACGUUUGUCGACAGAGGGUCAGACCUGAAGCUUAGGAGACACUGAGAGCACUGAGGGAUAUGUUUCCUGACAGCUGGACUGAUGACCAAAUGCCUUUAACUUCUUGAAAUUUUCCUUCAUGAUAAAAUCAAAUGCUCUUACACACACACACACACACGGUGUCCUCUGAGCAUUUUAAAUGCACUAAAGCAGGCAGGGAUUUUGUAAAAGUCGCCUCUGAUAAGCUGGAUGAUCGUGUUCUAAACUGAUGCUCAUGAGAUUUGAUGUUUUCUGUUUUACCUGUGCGACGGCUGACACAAACACACUUCAUUUUAGUAUGAAAGUGUCCAAGGUAAUUAUACACAAACACAGCAGUGCUACUCUUAUCAGCCAACUGGAUGUAACUGUACACAAAGCAGCUCUUCUCCAGUUAUCUGAUGAUAUGGUACAUGGAAAGUCCAGAUUGGAUGGAAAGAAAGGAUUUAUUCAAAGAUAUUUCCACAUAUUAGAGUUUUAAUCAGCGUUCGAAAGACACAAGGACUAAUAACUAUCUAGCAGAGAUGUUGCUACCAACCUGCGUCCAAUUUAACUCCAGUUUUUGUAAAGAGGACACCUAGCGCAAAAAAACAAACUAAAUGGUAAAAUAAAAGUAGUCGAUAAAUGUCUUUGGCCACUUGAUGGAUCGUGACUUUCCAGAUUUACAUUUGAACAGUCGGUGUUACUUUGAGAAGUUCAGAACACAUGAAGGGAACUUGCACUAACUUUAGCUGCAUUUGGACCAACAAAAUUCCUCCUUCAGUUUGUUCAUCUUGAAUCCAUAAGGUGGUGUGAGCGACUCGGGUAAGAGAUUAAAAUGAGCUGAAGAGGGAGAGUCAAAUUCCAUCCGCAGUGAAAGGACAAGAGGGGGAGGCCUCGAUGGAUUGUGUGCUCAGCUGUUUUUUCAACAUGGGGUUGGAGUGUGGAGCUCCUUCGAUUGCUGCUGCGGCCAACUUAAAGCCGUACAGUGAGGGGAGCUGAUAAUUUUUGUCAUUUUCCUCCUUCCCUCUCUGAACUUUUACCUACUGCCGCUCAGCAUAUUUUCCUUCUUGGUGAAGAUAUCAAUAUUGGGACAUGCUGUGUGCUGCGUUGUGGCCAUGUGAGAGCACGGUGUAGCAAGUUUUGCAUUGAUUUUCCAAAUUGAGCAUCUGUCUUGUUCUACUGAUGGCUGAAUAAGCUUUAUUGAAUUUCCCCCCCAGAUGUUCAGUCGGUGUCCUUUUCCAUUUUGGUGCCCGGGCUGCGAAUGCGACUUGAUGGCUGCGAAUGAUUGCCUUUAUUGUCAAUAAUAUAGAGAUGAUUUUUUUACAAUGUUGAAUUACAGAAUUCAGAUAUAUUUAAUAUCCAGUAAUUUAAUAGAGAGAAAAGCAGCAUGUCUGGUAUCUGCGCUUCAGUCUUGUCAUCUGUCGCAUCAUGUCAUUUGAAUUAAACUGCAUUUUAAGGUGA